AUGUCGCGACCAACGACUCGCAUGAACGAGUAUUUCGUGCCCCGUGAUGGCAUCGAUCGUGAAGUCAUCUCUGCUGAUAUUUGCCGCUACCUGGGCAAUGAUGCUUUGGUGCGACCUGGCCAUUAUGAGAACCCACAGACUGGUCAACCCGUCCAAGGUUAUUAUAUUACGGCUUAUCGUAACCUGACGACCGCCAUGAUCGAGGAUCUCAAGGCCGACUCGGCCCGAUGGGAUAGGGAACGCCGCGCGCAGACCGCGCGCAACAGCAGCGGAGGUAUCAUCGCCUCGAGAGAUGCCACUUACGGUGCCCCCAGACCGAGAUCUAACUCGCCUACAGUCCAAUACCGCUACUCUGAGACGCACCAGUCUCGGCAGCACCAUGGCCCAACUGAACCACCUUUCCGAGAUGAUUCCUAUCCUCCUCGUGAUGGUCUUUAUGACGCCCCAAGGUAUCCAGGAACUGGCGCCCAAGGAUAUAAUGGUGCCUCCGGUCCCUAUCAGCCUCAACAGCAGCAGCAGGGCUACGCUCCUCCCAGUGGCGGUGCGUACGGCGGCAACGGCAACGCCGGCUUUCAGCAGCCUCAGCAAUCCCCUGGACCCUCUGACGCCAGAUACGUCGGAAAUCCUCAAGGCGGCCCUAUGAUGAACCAGGGAUACCAGAAUCCGGAUGGCCCGUAUGUUUCAACUGGAGCCAACAUGCCUCCCAGGAACUAUCCCAAUGAUCCCUAUGCCGGUGGCCACCCUGGAGCGUCUGUCCCAGCACCUCAACAACCCGUAUACGCCUCAACCCAGCCUGUCCAGCCAGGAUAUCCCGCCCCAGCCUACCCAUAUCCUAACCAGGCUCCUUCGGGUGCUCCAGUCUAUGCUACGCAGCCCCAGGACCCCUUCUUCGGCCGAGCUUCCCCAGCAGGCCAAACCUCUCAGCAGCCACAAGGGUAUGCCUCACAGGGACAUGCAUAUGAUGAAACCCCUCCUCCAACUCGCACUUCCGUUCCCCCCGCAGAAACACAGACACCACCUCGGGAAUCAAGUACUCGUUUGAGUGACCGGGAAGGCGGCGACAGGAACCACCGACCACCACCACCUCGCCGAUAA